AUGCUUCUGCUUUUUAUGAAGACACAAGGGAUUCAGUCUUGGAUCCUUUCAGUCAGGAGACGGUUUUGUUCUAACAAAACAAUGGCUACCAAAGAGCUUGCCGCUUUGGCAAUCGCUCGUUUCGAUCUUCCCGGAGAUCCAGGUUUCCCACGUGAACUUAAUAAUCUCUACGCCAAACCAAAAACUCCUACCGAGGCAGAGCAGAUGCGCUCCUAUCUCACUCAGUUACGUCAAGAGAUGGGAGUAAGGCUAAUCGACAAAGUCUUUCUUAGUGAUACCUCACCGCCCAGCAAGAUUGUUUAUCGGUCCUUUGUCUGCCAUGCCACCAAGGCAACAAAGAUUCAGGAUAUCUAG